CUGAACUGCAGAGAUAGCAAGAGGGGGGUGUGCCUGCUCAAAACUACUGACAUCAACUUAUGAAUUCAUGGCAAAAUACUUGAACAAAACUAGUUUUGAAGUGUAUUUUGUUCAAUCAUCUUUGUCUUGGAACCUCUCUCUACAUUGUUGAUUAUAUUUAUUAAGUGCCACGAGGGUAUUCCACAUAUUCAAUUCAUCAGCAAUGCCAGGCCCUGUUAUGCCUGUAGAUAUUGCUAUGCAGAUGUACAUCACACACUCUCCACCUCUCUGGAGCUUCCUCAGCUCCUAUGAGAACUUGGGGGUCAAGAACCGGGAAAACCACUACAAGCCCCUCCGGCCCUGCAUUAGCUCCCAAAGGCCCUUAGAGGCCCGGAAGAGCCCCAAGACCACCAUAAAGAUCCCCAAAGGCAAGAAGAAAGUGGUCUUUGCCGACUCCAAAGGCAUGUCCCUCACAGCCAUCCACGUCUUUUCAAAGUUCGAUGAAAACCCUGUGCUCUCCGACUUACAAUUUGACCUUACAGACCUGGAGAAUGCCAACAUGCAGCUGAAGAUCAGUACCAUGCAAAGCCUGGUGCUGGACUUCCCCCAACCCACUGCAGACUAUCUGGCCUUCUGGAACCGGCUGUUGAAGGACUCUGUGUGCCUGGAAAACUGCACACUGCAGGAGAGGUCACUCACAGGCACUGUGAAAGUCCGAAACCUUGGCUUUGAGAAAUCUGUCCAGGUCCGGUUGACCGUUGACUCAUGGAAAACCCACACAGACAUUGACUGCACCUUCAUAAACAACGUCUACAGUUGCCAGGACACAGAUACAUUCACCUUUGUCUUCGAUCUGCCAAGUUACGUGCAUCCUUAUAAUAAAGUUGAAUUUUGCAUAUGUUUCAAGAGCAAAGACCAGGUUUUCUGGGACAAUAAUGAUGGGGAAAACUACAUGCUCAAACCCAUUGGGUGGAAUGGAGAGGAUGUGCAAACACUGGCCAAAACCAUUGUUGAGCAUAAGAAACCAGCAGAGCACAACAAUGGUAAUAAACUACUGGAGAUGGAGUUUGACCAGUUUGGAAGUCCCCGUUUAUCAAGUGGACUCUUUCCCGGGUGGCAAAGCUUGGGCAGAAUUGAGAAUGGUGCCAACUACUGGUGAAAUUAGCAAAGACUUUCAUCUGGGGUGAAAUAGCAACUGAAGAGUUAUAACAGGGAUGGACUUGGAUGGAGCAGGGUGAUAUAAAUGUAGGAUCUUAAUUAGAGCCAGAUUGCUACAGCAGGAAAAUAAUCAUGUACCAACAGGAAAUGUGAAUUAGUAUGUGGAUUAUAAUUAAUGGACAUUUUUCUAGGAGUUGGUCCAUUUGUCAUAAGGGAAAAUCAAAUCUGAAAUGUCUAAGCGGAAAUGAGAAACUUUUGUCUUUUUUAAACCUCAAAUACACUACACGUUUUAAAGUUACUGCAUUGCAGGACAGUUAUCCUGCAACAGGGUGAUCAAAUUAAGAUCCUACAUCUGUAGCAGUAGUAGUGACAUAACUUACUGUAUAUUAAAAUGUCAAUAGCUGCUUUGAAUGCAAUGAAGCAUAUCAAGAAAGAAAAAGUAUCUGGAAAUAUGGACCAUGGCUAGAUUCUACUACUAUUUGGUUACCAUUGAGACACUUUCUAAAUAUGAUCAGAGGCAAUUGAUUUUUAUUUUAUUUGGCAUGUGAUUCUUGUGUAAAGCAGUUUAGUGCCUUAUCAAUAUUGUGCCUGUCAUAAAACAAAAGCACAUUGAAACUUAAUUUUGACAAUCUGUAACCAGACAUAAGCCCAUUUUCACAGUUGGAACUUAGACAUAAGCCCAUUUUCACAGUUGGAACUUACCGUAAGCAUAUGCACUGAAUGAGAUGAACAUCCUGAUUUCUAUGCAUGGAAUAUGUGGUGAGAUUGGUACCAAUAGGAUGUCCUUCAUAUUGAAGGGUUAGACUGGUACCAUCCAUCUGGGGGGAAAAAUCAACGUAAUUCAAUCAAAUAUGAAUUUAUGUGAGAUUUAAUAGUACAGUAAAUCAUACAAAUUAUAAAAUGCUGCACACUGCUGCUCAUGCUCCCAGGUGAUUUUAUUAUAACAACAUUUCAACCCUUAGUUCUUCAUCAGGCAUCCAUAGCCCAGGUGUUGGUGGAAGGUCCUAUAAAUAGGGGCAGUACUCAGUGACAUCACCUCCUGAAACAGCAGGUAAAAAUAUAUAACUUAGGUUCCCAAUAUCAACAUUCAAUGUAUCAAAAUAUAUGACCAUACGCAAGGAAUGUGAUCAAUAUUUACGGUAAUAUAAACUCAGCAAAGAAAGAAACGUCCCUUUUUCAGGAGGAUCCUGUCUUUCAAAGAUAAUUCAUAAAAAUCCAAAUAACUUCACAGAUCUUCAUUGUAAAGUGUUUAAACACUGUUUCCCAUGCUUUUUCAAUGAACCAUAAACAAUUAAGGAACAUGCACCUGUUGAACGGUCAUUAAAAGACACUAACAGCUUACAGACGGCAGGCAAUUUAGUUCACAGUUAUGAAAACUUAGGAAACUAAAGAGGCCUUUCUACUGACGCUGAAAAACACCAAAAUAAAGAUGUCUAGGGUCCCUGCUCAUCUGAGUGAACGUGCCUUAGGCAUGCUGCAAGGAGGCAUGAGGACUGCAGAUUUGGCCAGGGCAAUAAAUUGCAAUGUCCGUACUGUAAAACACCUAAGGCAGCGCUACAAGGAGACAGGACGGACAGCUGAUCAUCCUCGCAGUGGCAGACCAUGUGUAACAACACCUGCACAGGAUUGGUACAUCCGAACAUCACACCUGCAGGACAGGUACAGGAUGGCAACAACUGCCUGAGAUACACCAGGAAUGCACAAUCCCUCCAUCAGUGCUCAGACUGUCCGCAAUAGGCUGAGAGAGGCUGGACUGAGGGCUUGUAGGCCUGUUGUAAAGGCAGGUCCUCACCAGACAUCACCGGCAACAACAUUGCCUAUGGGCACAAACCCACCGUCACUGGAACAGACAGGGCUGGCAAAAAGUGCUAUUCACUGACGAGUCGCAGUUUUGUCUCACCAGGGGUGAUGGGCGGAUUCGCGUUCAUUAUUGAAGGAAUGAGCGUUACACCGAGGCCUGUACUCUGGAGUGGGAUCGAUUUGGAGGUGGAGGGUCCAUCAUGGUCUGGGGCGGUGUGUCACAGCAUCAUCAGACUGAGCUUGUUGUCACUGCAGGUAAUCUCAACGCUGUGCGUUACAGGGAAGACAUCCUCCUCCCUCAUGUGGUACCCUUACUGCAGACUCAUCCUGACAUGACCCUCCAGCAUGACAAUGCCACCAGCCAUACUGCUCGUUCUGUGCAAGAUUUCCUGCAAGACAGGAAUGUCAGUGUUCUGCCAUGGCCAGCGAAGAGCCUGGAUCUCAAUCCCGUUCAGCACGUCUGGGACAUGUUGGAACUAGGGCCAUUCCCCCCAGAAAUGUCCUGGAUCUUGCAGGUGCCUUGGUGGAAGAGUGGGGUAACAACUGGAUAAUCUGGUGCAGUCCAUGAGGAGGAGAUACUUAAUAAACCUGGUGGCCAUACAUGAUACAGACUGUUGCUUUUGAUUUUGACGCCCCCUUUGUUCAGGAACACAUUAUUCCAUUUCUGUUAGUCACACGUCUGUGGAACUUGUUCAGUUUACGUCUCAGUUUUUCAAUCUUAUUUUCAUACAAAUAUUUACACAUGUUAAGUUUGCUGAAAAUUAAUGCAGUUGACAGUGAGAGGACGUUUAUUUUUUUGCUGAGUUUUUAUCUACACAAUAUUCAAUUCGUUUUUCCAAGAAAGUUUCACUUUUCUCUGUGGAUAUUCAGAUUUGACCACAAUGUCUCGCACGUUUAGGGGUCUUUAAUGACCAUAUGCGGGGGUUAUUUACAGAUGGGUUUCUAUUGUGGGUCAGUAUCAAUAAUGUACCACUACUUUUUGAUAUUGUCCUUAAAUGCCUUCCCCAAUUGUGAGUAUUGGGUGAAGCAUGAGGGGACACGUUCUGCUUUUUCUUUUCCUUUUGGUUGAAGGCUUUCCAACUGUGUUAGCCCUUCAAAACAUUGGCAUGUUUUACCCAAUUGUCUUUGUACCCCCUUUCCUUAAACCUUCGUGUGAAGUCAGUGGUCUGUUUCUGGUAAGAAGCAUCAGAGCUGCAUAUUCUUCUGAUGCGGCUGAAUUGACUUAAUAAGUGAACCUGGAGGGAAGCUGUCACCUCUAAGGAGGGUAUUCCUCUCCAUAUGUUUCCUAUUGAGAUCUGCAGAGAGGGAGGUUUUAUCUUUAAUAACCAUGACAUCAAGAAAACUGAUUUGGGAUAGGUCAUAGUUAAUGGUGAAAGGAACGUGCUCAUUCAUAGAUUUUAGAUAGGCAUGGAAUUCCAAGAGUUCUUUCUGGGUCCCAGGGUUUCACCAUUUUGUGAAUCCCUGGGCGAUCUCUCUCCCCAUGUAUACCCGAGACUCUAUUGAUUUUAUUAAUUUUGUGAAAUCUGUGGACCAUAUACCAGAAAAUAAUAUUCUGUGUAUUGUGGACUUGACUGAACUGGUACUAACCUUAAACUAUUUUCUCUUCAGAGGAUACUUUUUCUUCCAGACCAAAGGAACAUCGAUAGGCAGCACUAUGGCUCCUAAUUAUGCGAACCUCUAGAAAUGUUUGAAAAACAGGUGGGGCUGAAUCCGGAACUUAACGCCUUUCUCUCCAAUAUUUUCCUAAGUCUGAGAUAUUGGAUGAUAUUUCCCCUUCAUUCAAAAACUUUGAUAAUUUAUCAUGGAUAAGAGACUUGAAUUGAUUAUGUGAAAUUAAUGUAGGAGAAUAUAACACAAUAGAUCUGGUAAAAGAAAAUUCAAAGAUAAAGACAACCGUCUGUUUUUACCAUCAUCUUUAAAAUGCAAGAGAAAGGCCAUAAUGUAUUAUUCCAGCCCAGGCGCAAUUUAGAUUUUGGCCACUGGAUGGCAGCAGUGUAUGUGCAACGUUUUAGACUGCUCCCAUGAACCAUUGCAUUUCUGUUCAGAAUGUUGUAUCAAGACUGCCCAAAUGUGUGUAAUUUGUUUAUUAAUAACUUUUCAUGUUCAAAAUUGUGCACCCUCCUCAAACAAUAGCAUGGUAUUCUUUCACUGUAAUGGCUACUGUAAAUUGGACAGUGCAGUUAGAUUAACAAGAAUUCAAGCUUUCUGCCAAUAUCAGAAAUGUAUAUGUCCUGUGAAAUUUACUUGUUACUUAUAACCUCAUGCUAAUCGCAUUAGCCUACGGUAGCUAAACAGUCCCAUGAAAGGGACACCGAUACUGUUCGGUCAGUAUUACAGAACUGUGCCUUGUUGUGGAUCUAUUCAAAGUUUAACUGGGCUAUAUGAUUGUUUUUCUAAUUUCUUUAAGAGCAAUUUUGGUGUGAGUGUUGAGAAGUGGUGUGGCUGACGUGAGCAUGAGUCUGAAAUAUGUAUGUACACUAUUUAAUUACUGUGAAAAAAGGUAUGCAUCUCAGUGUGCACUUGAAUGUGUGUUUAAAGUGCAUGUGAUACUUUUAGAAAUAAAAUAUUGUGCAAACCGUUCAUGAUCCCGAGUCACU